AUGGCGGACGCUUUUGUCGGCCUCGUCAUAGAUCCUGUUUGGAUUGUUAUCAGAUGUUGGAUUCAGCCAGAAGUUUAUAGCAAUUUUUUUCUGAUUUUUAUAAUGUUGUGGACUCAUACGACCGCAGCCACUACUUUGAACUCGUGCUGUGUUUCAAUCGACUGUUUUAUUGCGAUUCGGUUUCCUUUUCGGUAUCAGGACAUUUUAACCAAGAGGAGAUGCUAUGAAGUAAUUAUUUUGGUGUGGUUUAUCUCAUUGAGUCUUUCUUUUCUGAUUUUCUUAAAAGAGAGACUGAAGAAAUUAGAACUUUUUGUGUUCAUUGCUAUUACAAUGUGCUUAGUUCCAUUAUUAGUGGUCUGCUUUUGCUAUAUACUCAUUUUCAAAUUAGCCAGAAAACAGUUUAGGAGAAUUUUAUAA